AUAAAAGCAACCCAAUAACGCGUUACGUUGUCCGAGAACAUACAGUGGCAGUCCAUCAGGGUGUUUUGGCAGGCCAAGUGAAGGACACGCGUCUUCCUCCUUGCUGACUGCGUGCUGUAUGGACAGUCACAGCCUCUUCCACCGGCCGGCGUAUAAAAACCGAAGCUAAUGUCGUAAACAGUAACCAGCAUAAAACAUGGCGGGUGAAGGACAAAAAUCCCAGACAAGAACAAGCGAUCCCUCUGUUGAAGUACAGGAACGCGGGGAAAUUUUCUUCUUUUACCGGCCAAAAGUCGGCAAGGACGAAGCGCACGACAGGGACGACGUGCAACGACUCUACAUAGUUCUCCGACCAGAGUCCGGCCAGAGGGAUGUGGAAGUCAAGCAAGAACAGAGCUCCGGGAAGGAAGGAGCCGAGCUCGGUGCACACACCGGCGAAGACGAACCAACCCGUGACGUCACGUCGGAGAGGAAGGACAAAUCACAAGUCGAGGGAGGACAUGGGUGCCAAGAAAUCAACAUCGAGAAGCAGCUGCUUCUCCGGUUGAUCGUCAUGGGGAGGAAGAGUCUGCCGGACCCGUCGGGCAAGAAAUCCGGUCACAUCCCGCAUUGGGGGUUCGUGGAGAUGGUGACGACAAAAACAGAGGACGUGAGAGCGGCAUUGAAGGCGGAGGAGUACGAGACUUCGACCAGAGGUCACCGGACGGUGGGCCCAGCGAGGGCGGCCGGAGAGGGGGAGUAUCUCAUCCUGAGGCAUAAUCCGGGGAAGAAAAUGCACACCCAUUUAGUAUACAAGCUGGAAUUCCCGGCGGAAGACGGGAGGAACGAGCCGCAAGAGGAGCUUAACAUAAAGAGAGAAGCUUCGUUUAUAAUACAGAUCAAGAACCCUGAAGAACAGAGCGGGCGUGGGGGUUGGAGAGGGCUGCAGAGGAAGAGGAGGGCUGGAUUUCCGGCACAUCUGCAGGCGGAGAUGGGGCAGCGGAAGUUCAGUCCGGCAGACCCGCCGGAUUUCUUGAACUACGAGGGCUGUGAGUUUCUGCUAAUACCGGCUUCUGAUAACAUUGAUGAGGAGCUGGGACGGAAGGUGAAGACGGAAGUGGAGGAAAUGGGGGGCCACCACGAGCCCUGUUCCUCUGGUUUGGUCAGCACUUUUGGCGGGGAGGCUGCCGCCAUCACUCCUCUUCUCAAAGGCACCUGGGCUUAAAACUAUCAAUUAGGGUAAUGCCACCGGCCCACCACCAUAGCCUAGCUAGCUUUUCUCCAGUAAUUUUAUCCCCCAAUUAAGUUCCUUCUUGUCCCCCAAUUAAGUUCCUGGUUUGACUUCACACGUAUUAAGAAAAUAAAUUUGACUUUACUGUGGAGUGCACUGUUCUAACGCUGUUUGACAUUGUUUUGUACUGUUUGACACUGUUUUGAACAAUAAGGAAAGUAAGGAAGUGUGAACUUAAUUUAGGAACUGCUCAAAAAGGAAAGUGGUAACUUAAUUCGGGG